UGGGGGGCCGGGUCGGAGGAGCCGUCGGGACCCCCGGGCCGCCGGCGCCAUCAUGUACCGCUCCAGCAGCGGCCGCUCUGGCCCCUCGUCCUCCUCCUCGUCCUCCUCCCACCGGCUAAAGGAGGGCGGCUCGUCGGCAUCCCGCGCCUCCCGCUUCAGCACAUCGGGGCCGGGGCCGGGCCACGGGCGGCCUCCCCCGCCGCUUCCCGCCGCCGCCGCCGCCUCACCGCCGCGCUCCGCUUCGCCCCGUCCGCCGCCGCUUCGCCGCCACCGGUCCCCGUCGGGACACCGCGGGCCCUGCCGCCGGUCCCCGUCGCCGCACCGCAGCAGGAGGUUGCCAUCGCCGCCGGGAGGAGCGGGGCUUGGCGGGCCCCGGGGCCGCCGGGGCAGCGAACACGGAGACAGCGGCAGCAGCCGGAGACGUUCACCGAGUCUCCGCUCUGAGUCUUCACUGGAACACAGUUUGUGGAUUACUGUUGGUAAUGACCGGUAUUGCAUUGGCACACCGGAGCGGAGGAGGCUGCCUGAUAGACUGGGCUCACCAAUUGAUAACCUGAGUGACAGGGAUGAUAUGGCCGAUGGUCCAAUAUUCACUAGAGGCCUCACAUGUCCUCGAGGCCUUGAGAGAUACCCAUCGCAUGAAGAUCAACCCUCAAGUCCCUUCGUUGUGAGGCAUGAUGAAGACUACCGCAGCCGAGAUGUUUUCCUCCACCGUUCAGAUUACAGUCCACAUUAUGGCCGUCGAGAAGAGCUGCCUCGUGGAUCUGACAGAGAUGGUGACAAACUGAGGAGAUCCCCCUACCCACUGAGGCCAGAAGACAGGGGACGAGAAAUAAAGCGUCCACGGUACGAAAAGGAUGAGAAGAUGCAUGGUGUGAGUGGAGAGCAUCAGGGUUUCUCAUCAGGAACACGGAACUAUCGCAGACGAAGCCGCAGCCGUAGUAGAAGCCUGAGCCCAUCAUACCUGAAUGAAGAAUUCCGAGAGCUUGACCGAGCAAGGAGGAAAAGAGAAGAAGAAGAGCGUAGCAGAAACGUGAAUCAUGAUGUUUCAGGCAGUGGCUAUGCGAUCCCUGGCUUGACUAACACACUACAGACUUCUGAGCCUCGGUAUACGUACAGGCCUGAAGAAAUCCCACCCAUGCCCAAAAAAUCCAUUUUGAAGAAACGAGUGGAGAUGGAAGUAGAGUCUUCUAUUCAGCCUGAGAGCUUUUCAAGCAGUCCGGCUCCCAGCAAGGAUCUUCCUCUUCUUUCUAGUCAGUCAUCUUUGCCCCAGAGCAACAACGUGGCUCCUUUUGCCUCUGAAGUGGAGAACUUUCUCAAACGGUUUAACAAAGACUCUCUUGUGGAGUCUGCAAACAAGGAGUUGCGUGAAGGUUUAUAUGAGUGGAGCCCACUUUCAGGGCCUCCCAAAGACACUUUCACGUUUGAAGAGAAGUUUGGAAGCUUCUUAAGUCACAAAGAAAAGGUAGAAGCCAAAUCAGAGCCCACCGAUCGCCAUACUGACUUCCUGCUACCUCACGAGAGGGCCAGUCAGGAUGGCAGUGGUUUCUCCCGAAUUCUGGGCAUGAUGGCUGAUUCUGUCAGCGCUCAGGAGAAGAGGAGGCGUAGCUUUCCUGACAUUGAGGAUGAAGAGAAAUUUCUUUAUGGUGAUGAAGAUGAGGAGACCAAAGCUGAAUCUCUCCCUGUUCAGAAGCCCCCAGUGAGUUGUGGCAAUGAGAUUAUAGUCCAGAAAAUGAGCCCACCUCCUUCUCCUGCUCCAGCUGUCAAACUGGAUGCUUUAGAAGAGCCAAAUGCAGAGUAUGCAAAGAUCCACGACUUACUCAAAACCAUUGGGCUUGACAUUGGUGUUGCUGAAAUUGGAAAACUGGCUGUCCGUACCCAGGAACGCCUUCAUGGCAAAAAAUUGGCAUCUCAUUCUCCAGAUCGUCGCUCUUCAGACAGUCGCAGACUGGACCCGUGGGACUUGCGGCGCAGCCGGAGUGACACUCGUUCUCCUGAGUCAGGCCAGCAGCGUUCUGCAUCACCUCCAGUCUCUUUUCAGCAGUCCAAAGAUGUGUCCUCUCUUCAGAAAUCAGAAUAUACUAAGAACAAGCCAGUGGGACAGGAUAUACCUCCAUGUGCACCAGAACAGCCUCUUCCUUCUGUCUCUCUCAUUCCCUCAGUUCCACCAACUCCUCCUAGUUUGCCGCCUACACCUACUUCUGUUUCCCAAUACCAAAUUCCCACCUAUUCCCACUACACUCCCACUCAAAUGCCCCAAAACUAUCCACCUCCCACAAUGGCUCCUCCAGGAUACGAUGCAUAUGGGCAUUAUAUGGCAUAUGCAGCUCCUGGCUGGCCCAUGUACCCCCCUGCCCAGCAGCCUAAUCCUACGCUACCAGAAGCUCAUGGUCUUCUUACGAUGGCCAUGUCAGCGAACCCCACGCGUCCCAAUCUCCGGGUGAUUGAGACAGUCUCCUUGGGAAAGGAUGUCCCUGAUGUAAAAAGAGAUGGUUCUGUGCUCGUUCAAGUCCCUACUACUCCUUCUCAUUCCAAAGCGCCCCUUCGUCUGUCUUCACACCCUCUCAAAAAUACCACAGAAAGGAUGUCGGAUGAGAAAAAUCGGGCAGCUCAAAAGCAGAAGGUGAUAGAAGAGAGAGAAAAACUGAAGAAUGAUCGAGAAGCACGGCAGAAGAAGCUUUACUAUCUCAAGACUGAACUGGACAGGCUUCGUAAACAGCAAGGAGAGAUGUUGAGGAAAAAACGUCGUGAGAAGGAUGGACACAAAGACCCCUUGUUGAUUGAGGUGAACAGACUGCAAGAGAAUAUUAUGAAGGAGAUUGCAGAGCUGCAUAAAGAAUCUGAUGCAGCUGAGAAGAAGCAGUCUGAGCUUGACAAAGUAGCACAAAUUCUGGGGAUUAACAUAUUUGAAAAACCCCGGAAACCAUCUGUGGAAAGUAAAGAUUCAUCAGAAAAGAACAGCAAGUCAGAAAAUGCAAAAGGUGUGGAGAAAACAUCUUCCUCCAACAAGGAAUCAAAAACUACUAAUGAAAAAUCCAGAGGUAGAAGCCCGAAGCCAGCAGAAUCCUCUUCACAGUCCUCCAAACAUCCUUUCCAGUUGGCCAAUAUUUAUGAAUAUUAUGAUGCAGGGAACCACUGGUGCAAAGACUGCAAUACCAUCUGCGGGACCAUGUUUGACUUUUUCACACACAUGCAUAAUAAGAAACACAGACAGACCCUGGAUCCUUACAACAGACCUUGGGCUUCGAAGACCCAGAGUGAGACCAAACAAGACUCCAUAAAACGCAUCGAUAAGAUAACGGUUCCUGCCAAAGGCUCUGAGUUUCUGAUUCCCAUCACUGGAUAUUAUUGCCAGCUCUGUCAUGAAUUUUUUGGAGAUCAAAUCUCAGCAGAGCAGCAUGUGAAAAGUCAUCCCCACAAUGAGAAAUAUAAGAAAUACAUAGAUGAAAACCCACUCUAUGAAGAGAGGAGAAAUCUAGACCGUCAAGCUGGAUUGGCUGUAGUUCUGGAAACAGAGCGCAGACGGCAAAAUGAGCUGAAGAGGAAACUAGUUGAGAAACAGAAAGAAGAGAAGGAUGAGAAAAACCCAAAAAUAGUAAAGAAAGAGGAAGUAAAGAGCAACCCAGAGUUUGGAGAAGGGAGUAAUGAAACUCAAGGCAAAAUAGAUUCUUCUGGGCGAAAAAUGGGUAUCAUGGUUAAGCUAAAGAAGGAAGAGAAGACAGAGGAGAAAAAAGAAGAAAAGAAAGAGGAAUAUAGAAAGGAAUCACCAAGCCAAACUUCCUUUGGGAAAUUCAGCUGGAAAAAGACUGAGAGAGAGGAUAAAACCCCAGGAGCAGCUAUUCCAAAGGAGGAGAAUACAGAAGGAAACAAAGAGGAGAACAAGUGUCAGUCUGUGAAAUCCCAUAUCAAGCCCAUUGAAAUUAAGCUGUCUGGGAAAACUGUUAUUCCACACACUAGCCCAUGGAUACCAGUUGUUUCCACACCAACAUCAGCAAAAGUUUUACCCAAUCUACCAGUCCCCACCAUGAUUUUCAGGAAGUCUAAUACUGCAACAGUUAGUAAACCAGCACCUCUGAACACCUUUUUAUCCAUAAAAUCCUCUGGAGCUACCACCAAACCACUACCAGUAGUAAAAGAAACGAAUGCAGAUCUUCUACUGCCUCCGGAUAUCAUCUCAAAAGCUUUUGGAGGAGAAGAAGUAAUUUUAAAGGGGACAGAGGAGGAUUUGAAAGCAGCAGAAAAAACUGAAUCUUCUCAGACUUCAGAUAGACUACCUCCACAUCCUCCUCCACCAGCAGUCCAGCAGGCAGCUCUCAUCCCUGCAGAUGAAGUAGCUCCAGGUGUGUCUGAAACUGAACAGACAAUGCUGGCAAUGCCUGUGAGACCACCACCACCUUCAACUGCUUUCAGUGAGCAGGCAAAAAAGAUAGAAAAACGAAAUUCUUGCUUGGCCACAGCCAAUGCUAAAGAUCUCUAUGAUAUUUUCUACAGUAGCGGUGGAAAGGGUUCAGCUGACAGUAAGCUUGCAAGUUCUGCACUUCCAAAUGGAGAAAACCCUAACCUAACAAAACCUGCAGACUUAUCUGCAAACCCUAGAACAAACAGUAGCUCAUCCUCCUUGAAAGAGGAUUCUCAGAAUGUGGAUUUCUCACAGUGUAAUAAUCAAGUAACAGGGAGUUUGGUUCCUGGUGAGAAUCAGGCUGAAAUGAACAAGAAACCACUUCAGCCUCACCUCUCAGGAAUAUCUGUCACAGAAUUGCCAGAAAUAAAAACUGUUUCUGGUAUCCAGAUGCCUGUAGAAAUUGGACUUGUUGAUACAGGAGGUGGAAAGCAGGCAGGCAGUGAGGAAUUCUGUGAUGUACAGAAAACUGAGGUCCAAGAGAAAGUUGGACAGGAGGAUGGAAAUAAAACUGCAGUUACAAGCGUAAAUGUUCCUAGUACCUUGGAGAAAGAUGCAAAGAUGAAGGACUGGGAGGUAAAAGCAGUAAAGCCUAAGCAUAGCUUACAGCCAAAGACUUUUUUGCCUGAAAUACAGAAUGAAAUUCAAAAUUUGGGGAAUUCUCAUUUGGUAGAAGAAAAGUUAAAUGAUAACUGUAGAACUUGCUCAGAAUCUAAUAGUCCAAACUUGCUCUGGGACACUUCCAGAACUAGUAAUGGAAAAGAACAGGCCAUCACAACCCAGUCUUGUUCUAAAAGUGGUGGGGAUCAGUCAGAUACUCCAAAUGCAGAGAUAAAAUCUGGUUUUAAUGAAGUUAGUGCUUCAGAAUUUCAAAACCGGAGGCAGGAAGUUGAAUGCUUAGUCAAUACCUGCUCAAAUAUUGUUCACCUCAGAUCCAAUCUAGAAUUAGUAGCUGAAAAUGAAAAAAAGUCAUCAGAACACACUGGAUCUGAUGCAAGGUCAGAUAAUUUUUUUAUCAAGAGAUCAUCAGGAGAUGGGAAACACAUUAAAACUCCCUCACAGAAAGCAGAACUUGAGUUCAAAAGCACUGAUUUCAGUUUGGGAGACAAUAAGGUAAAACAGGAAUGCUUCAGCAUCCAUACAGCAGGACUUUUAAAUGAGAAUACAGAGGAAGUCACAGAACUAGAAACUAUUGCAUCUCUUAGGCUGGAGUCCAGUAGACAUAAAAAGCUGGGCAUUGAAAAAACAGUGAAUGAAACAGACAUUACUGAUUUUGCUACAUUGACUUCUGACAGUCGGGAAGAUAAAUUUUGCACACAGAUUUCUCAAAAAGCUCUACUGCAGCCUGGAUCACAGACCUCAAAUAGUGACACUACAGAGAUGGUCGUGCCAGUUCUAGAAAUGCAGGGCAUUUCUCCCACAUCUGAGAUACCUCUGCAAGUGGAGGAGAGCAGAGCUGGCACUGUUGAAAUGCUGUCACUUAGUUGUGACGGAGGCAGCACAAAAAGUCAGUCUUCUGGGUGCAUGGAAACUUUCAUUCCUGAGCUCAAAGAAACACAUGGAAAGGUUGGUGGCUCAGGAGACAAGGGAGGAUGCACUAUCCAGAGCAAGAAGACUGAGCAAUCAGAAGCUGCUGACUGUAGUUUGGAAGCUACAACACAUUCAGGAAUUUCUGAAAGUGUAGCAGAAAGCCCAGUGGGUUGAAGUAAACCCAGCUAGUCCCAAUAUUUGAGGAGCCAGAGCUGGGAUUAUGUAUAUGUUUUUUGUUUGUUUUUUUUUUUUGUUCCAGUUGAGAGUUUUGGGUGUAUUUUGCAUUCUGUGGUAGGACUUGGCUAAAGUGAAAUAUAGGUCAUCAGAGGGCAGAACAUACUUUAUUCUGUACAUAACUAAUUAUGUAAAAUGUUUUUUCAUGUGAAUUUUUUUGCCAGUUUCUUUUCUACACUCUGCUAUUAAAAUGGAAUCUCGUUUAUAAUGCGUGCGUCUUUGUUCUUUAUUUUGGGGGCUUUUAUUCUUUGACCGUUCCUGGAUGAUUUCCAGCUCACCCUGUUUGUGUCAGUAGCAUCAUGAGUAGCCCAGCUGCUGGGACAAGCUCAGGAACAGCAAUUUAGAACUUGAGGAAAUGGAGACUUGCAGAAGAGCUAAAACUGAAAAUUUCUUUGAACUGCAGUGUCUGGGUUUGUUUACUUUGUUGUUUAAAAUGCAAGAAUGUGAUUAGAGUUGAUUUUGUUGUUUGUUUAUUUGUCUCUGUGAAUUGUAAUUACUGUUGUAAUUCAUCUGUACUUAAGCUGUUUCACUGUAUUGUAUAAGCACAUGUGUGGAUGCCACUUCACUAAGCAAGGGGAGAAAAUCUGUUCGACUGGCUUUUGGAGAAGAAGACUAAUCGGUAAGGCUUUGUGGCCUGACACCUGGACCAGACAAAUUGAGGUCACUUAAAUGAUUUGAAAUGGGCUUUCUUUCGUUCUAUUGUGAUCCAGUAACUAUUUGUGUUAAAUCAUUUAGCAGCUGACCAGCUCUGAAGAAGUAGAAGAUCAGAACCCUGGUAUCAGGAAUUGGACUCGCUUCAUGUGAUACAGACACAUGCAUGCCUACCCUGAAUGGUCCUUGAGCUAUCAAAAGCUCUAGUGUGAUGGUUCUCAUUUGUAUAGCUUGUUAAAGACUAAAGUAUUAAAUGUGUUUGCUUGGAUAAAUACAACAUUUUUAUUUGUAAAUUGUUUAAAAAAUAAACAUAUGGAGGUCAACAAGGCUUUCUUCUUGUUUUUCUUUUUUUUUUCCUUAACUCAAGGAAAGUGUUUUAUUUCAAUUUGUUUCUAACUCCUGUAGUAGUUGAUAAAAUUGAGAAAUUGUAGAGGGUGAAGAUACUCCACAAUUAGCCUGCUCAGUAAAAAAACAAUUUGUUCCCAGCUAAAGUCAAUGGAAGAACUACUUUCAACAUCAUCAGUAGAAGUUUGUUUGAAGUCCUAAACACUAUGCAAAGCUUGAGGUGGGGUGUCAGGCGAGGACCCCAGCAGAGCUCACAGUUUUGUAAUUAGUACCUGCAUGUGGACCGCCUGAGGGGGCAAAAUCACCAUUUUUCUUCGGUUUCCAUGACUAUGUGUGAAGAAGGUAUGAACCAUUUUUCAGAUUUGUUAUGGUGGUUUUCAUACUAGAAAUGUAAGAACUGUCUAAGCAGAAUUUGGAAAUCUAUUAUAAAUGGUCAAGUCAACAGUAAAAAAGUUAUUAAGAAGGGAAGAGAGUUUUGAGAAAGUCUGGGUUUAUGAUGUUAAGCAGUUACUGCAUUGAUAUAAGAAAUCUUUUUUAGUAUCGUUGCACUACUUUCAUCAGAUAACUAUUUGCUGUCAACAAAGAGAGCAAGUAUACUUCAGUAGCUUUAAAAUGGAAUUGUUAAGUGAGAGAUUGCUUAAAUCCUGGUUUAUAAAAAAGUCCUUUGUAGUUAUUUCUUGGUUUUCUUCUGUAUUUUUUUAUUAUAUACCUGAGUUUAUUUGUUUACAUUUGACAGCUAAAUUUUCCCCUCCUAUUUUCUUUUCAUUCUCUUCAGUGAAGUGCCUGGUCCCUUGUAAAUUCACAGAGGAAGAGGGGAACUGAUUUUCUUACUUGCCUUGUUAUUGAGGGAUAUCAGUGCAGGGAAAGGAGAUAUUAAAGGGAAGGCUGAAUUUUUCUACAGUUCUUCAUUUUACCUGGUGCUGUUAUGGAACACACAAAUGCUUUCUGGUUAGUUUCCUUUUGCAGGUUGGUCUUCAUGAAGGUCUCAGUGCAUGCAAUGGCAAACAAGUAAUUUGGACAAUCAUGUCCUUCAGACAACCUUACUCAGUGCUGUGUUAUCUGUGUGGGACGUACUCUUAAUUAACUUUAUUUUGGGGGAAAGGACAAUAUAAAUCUAUUAUCCUUGUUCUGUUCUCUCCUACAGUUGAUUCUACAAGUAGUGGUGGUGGUCAGUGCUGAACGUGGCUGGCCGUGAAUUGAGAGGAGCUAGCAGCAAGGGCAAGCAAGAGCUUUGCAAAGGAGAAAUUGGGAAUUGUUACCUCGUAUUUGUCUAAAGCUUUCCAGGAUCUGAACCUUCCUAUGGUAUAAAUUAAAUACUACUUCUUUUCGUGCCCUUUAUUCAAAUAAUUGUUCUAUCCUUGAAUGAAAAUCGGGCUCUUUAUUCCUGGAAGGAAGGUUAAUUUGGUCUUUUUUGAGGAAGAAGUAAAAGGUACUCCUUGAACCACUAAUGGACAGGAACAGGUGGUGUAGGUGAUGACAUCUAGGCAGACUGGCAGACAGAGGCAUUAACACUGUAAUUUCAUGAAAUGGCAUAUAUUUUUAUUUAUGUAUUUUUUCUUUUUUCUUUCCUUUUUUUUCUUCUUUUUUUUUUUCCUG